AUGGAGCAAAUUAUGCUCAUUCGUCUGGAGAGAGAACAGAAAAAACUUAAAAGUGAGCAUACAACUUCUUAUGAAAUUGAUAUCACAUCCUCUCAGGGCAACAUGAAGCAAGACAAAAUGCUGGAGAAACAUAUUAAGCUUGAUUAUGAAGUCAUAUGUCCCUGUCCAAAUGAUGCUUUGUUAAAAUGGGAUGCCAUAUUUAACUCCACAGAUAUUGACUAUGAAAGUUUAGAAGCAGCAGUUAAAUAUGGUAUACCAAGACAAAAGCGAGGUGAAGCUUGGUUGUUUCUCAUUAAAAAGUAUUGUUCUUCAAGAAAGCAUACUCCAGUUGAUGACACUCCUUAUGUAGAGCUGUUGAGGAAGUUGACCCCAUAUCAACAUGCAAUUUUAAUUGACAUAGGUCGUACUUACCCUGGACAUCCAUACUUUAAACAAGUUUUAGGAACUGGUCAGUUAUCGUUAUUUAGCCUUCUUAAAGCAUAUUCUGUGGUUGAUGAAGAAGUUGGAUAUUGCCAAGGCCUUAGUUUUCUUGGUGGCAUCUUGUUGCUUCACAUGGAUGAAGAAAAAAGCUUUCAAGCUAUGAAACAUGUUAUGUUCACUUUAGGAUUAAGAAAUCAAUAUAAGUCUGAUAUGGCAGCAUUACAGGUUCAAAUGUAUCAAUUGUCUCGACUUAUACAAACCACUGUUCCUGAAAUUCACGAGUUGUUUGAUAAACUUGAUGUAUCUCCUACACUGUAUGCUGCUCCUUGGUUCCUUACCAUCUUCGCCUCCCACUUCCCGAUAGGAUUUGUGGCUCGCUUAUUAGACAUGCUGUUUCUUCAGGGUAUUUCUGUUUUAUUCAAAGUCUCUGCCCUGCUGUUAAAGACUCACCAAGCCCAGAUUCUCAAGUGUAACAGUUUCGAGUCUGUAGUAUCCUUUUUAAAGACGACUCUGCCCUCCAGUGGGCAUGUUGGAAUGGAAAAAGUUCUCGAUCAAGUUCUGUCACUGGACAUUGAAAAUUCCCUCCAAACAUAUCAAAUAGAAUACAUGGUGUUGAAGGAAGAGAUGUCGGAAUAUAAUGCCGACUCCGAUCAAGUGUCAUCCAUUCGAAAUCAAGUAGAAAGUGAGAAUAAGGAGCUUGAAAAAAGCAACCUGGAACUUGCUGACCAAUUACAGGUUGCUCUAAACACAGUGAGCAAAUUAGAAGCUUCUGUUACAACCUACCAAAGCACAAUCCGAAAACUUGAAUCUCAUGUUCGAACGCUUCAAGACGAGAGAGACGCCUUGCACCACAGCGUUAACGUUCUCAGAAAACGAUUGGACUAUCUGGAAUCCACGUCUGCAUCUACGCCUGGGAAAGAUAUCGAUUCGCCCUCGACGUUAGAGACAAAUGCUACCAAACUUUUAAAAGAUUAA